AUGGCUGCUCCGGCGGCAACAGCGAGCUGUGCCCCCGGUCUGUGCCCGAGCUUCGCUGUCAUCUGCUCUUUCCUGGAGCGGUACGGAGCCCAGCUGGACCUACCGGAGCUCACCUUCCCGCAGCUCGAGCGCUACCUGCGGGACACAUCCUCAGUCCCAAAGCUCCUGGUGGAUCUUCACGUGAAACUCUUGAGGAAGAUCGGGAAGUCUGUGUCGGCGGAUCGAUGGGAGAAGUACCUCAUCAAGAGCUGCCAAGAGGCCAACACCACCUGGGCCUGGGAGAUCGAGCAGAACGGAUACCAGAGCAUGACUAUGGAGAGCAAGACGGACAUACUCAAGUACCUGUGCGAGUGCCAGUUCGAUGAGAACGUGAAGUUCAAGGCAGCGAUAAACGAGGAGGAGGCGGAGAAGAUGAGGGUUCUGCCGAUCGGCCGCGACAAAGACGGACUGAUGUACUGGCUCCAACUGGACCGGGACAACAACAUCCGAAUGUACAGGGAGGAACAGGACGACACCGAGGCCGCCUCAUGGAAGUGCAUCGUCAGGGACCGUAACGAGCUGGCUGAGGUGGUGGCUCUGCUCAAGACCCAGAUCGAUCCCGAGCUCCUGAAGCGAGACCUGGAGGCCAAGGCCAAAGAGGAGGCCAAGGAGGGGGGCAAGGAGCAGGAAAAAGAGAAAAAGUCUGAGGAUGAAUCUUCUGAUGAGGAAAACAAAGACACCCCCAAACCCACGAGUGACGUUCCCCUGUCCCCGAAGCCUGAGCAGAGAGAGGAGGAGGAGGAGGAGGUCCAGGUCAAGACUGAGGACACCCGGUCUCCGGUAAACGGCCUGCCGGAGUGCAAACCAGAACCUGAACCGGAACCAGCAGCAGAACCAGAGGCGGCAGCAGAAAAGACCUCUGAAGAAACCAAGGCGGUGAAGGAGGAGCCCAUGGAGGUGACCCCCGCCAUGACCGAGCUGUCGGAGGAGAGGCUGAGCGAACAACAAGCCAAGAUCCCACUCAAGAAGAGAGGCAUGAAGUUCACUGAAGGCAGCAGCAGUGUCGUGGUCCCAAACACAGCCAUAACCACAGACGCUGCCAAAGGGGAAUCUCAAAGUGUCAUUCGACAUGUCAACGGAGAGCUGCCCGAGAAGGACGACGAGUCUUCCAAGGACUGUGAAGGAGCAAGUCAGGGCCACGAGAAAGACACAGCAAUGGACGAGGCUCAAAGCAAUACAGCGGACUCUGAAAGUAAUUCCAUAGUGGUAAAGAACAAAGAGUUUUGUAAGGAGAAAACACCCAAUCACAACACGAUAGAGCCUGAAGAGCAGAGGAGCAAAGAAGACACCAUGGAAGUAGACAAACUCUACACACGUGAACCAUCCCAAGCUAAAUCUCUGGUCAGUUCUAGUCUAUCGGACACUAACGCAGAACCAAACACCAUCCAGUUGGAUGGAACCGUGAAGGCAAAAUCCGUCCAUUCAGAAGACUCUUUGAAGUUGAAGGAGAAUUCAAAGGCAGCUGAUGAUGGUUCCUUACAAACCGACCAAGCAGCGAAGGCGUUGCAAGCUAACGACGACAAAGCAAAGGCUAAAUGUGAGUCAGAGAAGCAGAGGCCGGAGGAGGUCCUGCCGUCCAAAGACAAACUAGAGGAUGUUCAAAAGCAAUCUGUCAAAAAAAGACUUGAAGAGAUCGAGACCAAAAUGAGUAAAGAUUCAGACACUUCUAAAGCUGGCACUCCUCAAACAAAAAGCACAGCAGCCGUAGAAAUAGAAACUCAAGACGCAAAAUCAGACCAGAGUAAAACAGCAGAAGAUUCAAAAGCCUCUAAAAAGGAGGCUUCAAAAGGUCUGAAAGAGAAGAAGGGAAGCCAUGAUGAGAAGGAGCAGGGUAGUAAGGAAGAGAAACCAAAGGAGGAGGUUAAUAAAGGAGAGGAGUCCAAGAAGGAGGUUAAGAAGGAAGAGGAAACCAAGGAGAAGGCUAGGAAGGAAGAGGAGACCAAGGAGAAGGCAAGGAAGGAAGAGGAGACCAAGGAGAAGGCAAGGAAGGAAGAGGAGACCAAGGAGAAUGUUAGGAAGGAAGAGGAGACCAAGGAAAAGGCAAGGAAGAAAGAGGAGACGUCGAACGCAGAUAAAGCAGCUCCAGAAUCCAUCCUUGCUCCCGAAGCUGCAGCCGAGGAGAAAGCAGAGACUACAGGUGAAGGUAAGGAGGCUGGGACUACAGACCAGAAAACCCAACCAGAGGAGAGAGGGGAUGCAGAGAAGGCUAAUGCCACCAGCCCAGAGGAGAAGAACACAGAAUCCAAUGGAAGAGCAGAAGAAGAAAUGGGAAAGGAGGAGGAGCCAAAGGGGGACAAGGAGGGGAAGGAGGAGGAGGAAACUAAGGAGGGGAAGAAGUUGGAGGAAACCAAGGGGGACAAGGAAGAGGAGGAGGAGGAGAAGGAGGAGGAGAAGCAGCAGCCGCAGAAGAAGAUGGGAAGGAGGCCCCGCCAGAAAGCGGGGCAUCGGAGAAAAGCCGAGCUGCAGCAGGAGGAGAAGGACUCGGAGUCUGACAACACAGGCCCCUGUUUGAGGAGGUCCCCUAGGAUCAGACCAGGGCCUAAGCCAGCCCCCGAGCCAGAGCCUGCAGAGAAGAAGGACAAGGACCAAGAGGAGGACGAGGAAGAGGACGAAGAGAAAGAGGAGCAGGCAAAGGAGGCGCCCAAGAAGCCCAGAGAGAAAAAGGUCCCUGACACGGAGCAGGACGGACAGCCAAAGAAGGGGAGGAAGCGUCGGAAGGUCCGCUGGAGCAACACUCGCACCAGGCGCCGUAAGAAAGGCUCCGAGGACGACGAGGAGGAGAGCGAGGAGGAGGAGGAGGAGGAGGAGGAGAGUGAGUACGAGGAGAGCGAGGCAGACAACACCAGCGAUGAGGACUACAAGGUGGAAAGGAGACGCAAGGGCCGCAACCGCAACAGGCAGAGGCGCAGCUCCGAGUCAUCCUGCUCCUCUGACGACCUGCCCCCGAACGAAGACCCCUGCAAGCACUGUGGCCUCCCCAACCACCCUGAACUGAUCCUGCUGUGUGACUCCUGUGACAGUGGUUACCACACAGCCUGCCUCAGACCACCUCUGAUGGUCAUCCCAGACGGAGAGUGGUUCUGCCCGCCCUGCCAGCACAAACAGCUGUGUGACAAACUGGACGAGGCUCUCCAAAACCUGGACGCAGCUCUGAAGAAGAAGGAGCGAGCCGAGAGGAGGAAAGAGCGUCUGAUCUACGUGGGCAUCAGCGUGGAGAACAUCAUCACUCCGUCUGUGGAGCUGGAGGAGAAGCCUGAGGUCGUCCUGAAGGAGAAGAAAGAGUCCAAGAAGAGCAAGAGCUGGGGUCGCAGGUCCACACGGGCCCGCAAGAACAUCAGCUACAGGUUUGAUGACUUUGACGAGGCCAUUGAAGAGGCCAUCGAGGAGGACAUCAAAGAGGCUGAAGGAGGAGGCGCAGGUCGUGGUAAAGACAUGUCCAACAUCACGGGACACCGGGGGAAAGACAUGUCCACCAUCCUGCAGGAGGACGGCAAAGAGAACGGGAAGCCUGCGCACGCCACCGCCGGGCGCCACAAGAAGAAGAGACGGCGACUCAACGACCUGGACUCAGACAGCACCGCGGACUCUGAGGAGAGCGAGGACGAGUUCUGCCUCAGCGGGAGUACCUCAGAGGAGUUCGUGGCCUCAGACCGUUCUGCAGAAAGCGGCUCCAACGACAGUGACAUCAUCGGUGGCGGCGGCAGGAAGAGGAAGUCCCGCCUCAAAAAACCCGUGAGGAAAAGCCAACGCAAGAAGAGGAGGCCCAAAGGAUACUCUGACGAUGAGGAGGACGAGACGGACGAGGAAGACGAGGACGAGAUCGUGACAGAAGGCUCGUCUGAGUACAGCAGCAGUGACCUGGACGUGAGCAUGCGUCGCUCUCGCCGCAGUCGUAAGAGAGCAGUGAACUACCACGAGACGUCAGAGUCCGACGGGUCCAGAGCCGGGUCCAGAGCCGGGUCCAGAGCCGGGACCAACCGAGACAAACUGAAACCACGAAAACACAUGGACCACUCCUCAGACUCCAGCGCAAGCUUCUCCCGAGACUCGUCAGAGGAGCGUCCUGAGCGUCGGCCGAAGAGGGACUGGUCCGACGAAGACUCCAAACAGCGGCGCCGACGACUCGCCCUGAAGCGGCGCCGAGAAUCUGAGGAGGACGAGGACUCUUCAGAGGAGACUGACUCUUCAGAGGAAGACCGGCCCGUCAGGAAGCGUGUCAACCGCAUCGACUCGGACGACUCCGACGAGGAGGCGCCACAGAAGAGCCCUGGGGACGAGGUGAAGGAGGAGCAGCCCGAGGAGGCCAGGGAGGACCAGGAGGAGGCCGCAGAGAAGGACGAAGGCAACACGGCUAAAUCUCAAGACAAUUCCCAGAAAAAGUUGCCAAAACCAGAGACCUGCAGUGAGGACGCCUCCAUGAAGACCACCGAGACCACGUCUACAGAGGCCGCAUCCAAGAAGACAGAGGAGGACCCGACUGAAGAGGACCCAGAGACCACCAAGACCAGGUCUACAUUGGCUGCAUCCAAGAAGACCGAGGAGGACCCAGAGACCACAGAGACCACAGAAGAGCGGUCUAAAGAGGGCACAUCCACAGAGACUACAGAAGAGCAGUCUAAAGAGGACUCGACCACAAAGACUUCAGAGGAGCGGUCUAAAAAGGACACGAAGACUUCAGAGGAGCGGUCUAAGAAGGACACGAAGACUUCAGAGGACCAGUCUAAGGAGGACUCGUCCAAAGGCAGCAGCGAGGAGGCCAAGAAGGAGGCCAAGAAGGAGGACAGACCAAAGAACCUGCCUCCUCCCACCAACGGACAGAGCUCAGUGAAGAGCACACACACAGACGCUGCCAAGGCCUCGACUCCCAACGGCGUGGGCUCCCAGGGGCCCCAGGGAGCGGAGGACGAGGACGAGGACGACCUGCUCGGCGUCACAGACCUCGUGGACUACGUCUGCAAUAUCGAAGACUUGUAG